AUGGGACAGGCUGCGUCCAGGUGGGCGCAGAGAAGAGGUGCAGAUACACUGCGCGAGCUAAAACCCCAGAAGACGCCUGGUCAUGAUGUUCCAGCUCCAAACUUUCGACGUGAAACUCUCCUUGCAGCUCUUUCAAACGUGGCGGCUGCGAUCAACAAGAAACAUGGAAACGUCACCAUCAUCGCUGUUGGCAGCGCAGUCAACACCAUUUAUCUGCAGUCUCGUGAGGCUACGCACGAUGUCGACUUCUUCAACGACAAUCUGACACCUGAAGACUUCGAGCACCUUGUGGCGGGCAUCCGGUCUGCAUCAAAGAAGGACAAGACAUUGAUUUCAGACUGGCUCAACAACCGCACUAUAUUCUUUAUCCCAAAGGAUAAACAACGAACGCUCUCGCAGCAAGCAUAUAAUCAGCGGGAAGUCAUUUUCGAGGAGCCUUGCUUAACUGUACUCGCUGCGCCUUGGGAAUAUGCAUUCUGCUGUAAGAUCGAUCGCCUUUCUGGAGCCGGACUUCAUACUCCUGAGUCAUACGAUGCGAGCGAUGUUGUUGAAUAUUUGCACCGUUACUUGACCUAAGCUGAAGCUUGAAAAUAUUCCAAAAUCAACCGUCCAGGCCUAGUAUGCCCA